AUGGUAAUCGACGAAGACAUACUACCCCUGACCACUUCAGAGAUAGACCGACGGUUUUGGGACUAUUUCGACGUGACAGUCACGCCUGCCUACAACCAGACGAAUCAUGACCCGCCCAGAGACCAGACCGGGGUGCUACUCACCUACUGGAUCCUUCUGACGGUGGGAGGGAUAGGCAAUGUGGCGGUUCUCGUCGCGCUGGCCACCUCCAGACGAAGGAAAUCCAGGGUAGACUUGCUGAUGACACAUUUGGCCAUCGCUGACGUGUGUGUCACCUGUGGCGUUAUACCUUUGGAGAUCGGCUGGAAAUACACCAACGCGUGGCUGGCUGGUAACCUAAUGUGCAAGCUUCUACUGGUGCUCCGCGCGUUCGGACUCUACCUAUCCUCUAACAUACUCGUGUGCAUAUCCAUAGAUAGGUUUUUUGCUGUCAUAUACCCGCUGAGGCUGUCGGAAGCGCGCAAGAGAAGCAAGCAAAUGCUGUAUGGAGCAUGGUUCGUGGCUUUAGCGUGCAGUCUACCGCAGAGUGUAGUAUUCCGUCUACAGCAACAUCCUUACAUCGUGGGCUUCGACCAGUGCGUCUCCUUCGACGCGUUCAGUUCCUACCGUCAGGAGGUGACGUAUAACGUGUUCUGUCUCUGCGCGAUGUACUUCGUGCCGCUGAUCGUCAUCACGGUCUGCUACCUGUGCAUCUUCUGCGAGAUACGGCGCAGCAGUAAGGAGUUGGAUGAGAAAUGCGUCCACCGCAACGGCACGGGUCACGUGCGCUUGCGCCGGUCGGACCAGCGCGUGUUAGAGCGCGCGCGGCGGCGCACCCUGCGCAUGACCGUCACCAUCGUUGCAGUGUUCGCGCUCUGCUGGCUGCCCUACGCCACUAUGGCCAUGUGGUACAUGGUAGACCGAAAUUCCGCUGUCCGCGUCGCCCCAGGAGUCCAGGACCUGUUGUUCGCGAUGGCCGUCUCCAACUCCUGCAUGAACCCGCUGGUCUACGGGUCGUACACUCUAGACCUUCGGGGAGUCAUACGUAGGUUCAUCAGGAAGACAUGCUGCGGAUCUUCAGAUUCUUCUGAUACUAUAGGAAAUUCUGGUUCAAGUACGUUGAAAAAUAGAAAUUUACACGCAGAGACACCGCUCACCACGCCUCUUAAGGACAGCCGCGUGCGCACGCGGCUCGGCGUGCGGUUCGCGGAGACGUCGCUCACCGCCGCGCCCCCCCGCGCGCCCCGCGCCGCGCCCGCCGCCCGCACCCCGCGCGCGCCCGCCUGA